CACUGCACUUUGACUAUGGAAGCAGAGGCUGCUGAUGGAUAUAUAACAUGUGACAAUGAGUUUUCACCCGAAAGGGAGCAUUCCGGCAUGGCCAUUGACCUCACCUCCAGCACACCCAAUGGGCAGCAUAUCUCUCCCUGUCACAUGGCAAGCACAAAUUCAGUAAAGCUAGAAAUGCAAAGUGAUGAUGAAUUUGACAGGAAGCCCCUGUGUCAGGAAGAUGAGAUCAGGGCUCAUGAUGAAGGAUGCAGCCUGGAAGAUCCUCUCACUGAGGGUAACGAGAUGAUGGAUAACAGAAAGAUCCAGGAGCUCUCAAGCGAGGGAGGAAUCCGGCUUCCGAAUGGUAAACUGAAAUGUGACGUCUGUGGCAUGGUUUGCAUUGGGCCCAAUGUGCUAAUGGUACAUAAAAGGAGCCACACUGGUGAACGCCCCUUCCACUGUAACCAAUGUGGAGCUUCUUUUACCCAGAAGGGGAACCUGCUGAGGCACAUCAAGUUGCACUCUGGGGAGAAACCAUUCAAAUGUCCCUUCUGCAGCUAUGCCUGCCGACGGAGGGACGCCCUCACAGGACACCUUAGGACGCACUCUGUGGGAAAGCCUCACAAGUGCAACUACUGCGGCCGGAGCUACAAGCAGCGCAGUUCACUGGAGGAGCACAAGGAACGCUGCCACAACUAUCUGCAGAAUGUCAGUAUGGAGGCUGCUGGGCAGGUCAUGAGUCACCAUGUACCUCCUAUGGAAGAUUGUAAGGAACAAGAGCCUGUGAUGGACAACAAUAUUUCUCUGGUGCCUUUUGAGAGACCUGCUGUUAUAGAGAAGCUGACAAGCAACAUGGGAAAGCGUAAAAGCUCCACCCCACAGAAGUUUGUGGGUGAAAAGCUCAUGAGAUUUGGCUACCCAGAUAUUCCCUUUGAUAUGAACCUAACCUAUGAGAAGGAGGCUGAGCUGAUGCAGUCUCACAUGAUGGACCAAGCCAUCAACAAUGCAAUCACCUACCUUGGAGCUGAGGCACUUCACCCCCUGAUGCAGCACACACCAAGCACAAUUGCAGAGGUGGCCCCCGUCAUCAGCUCAGCUUAUGCUCAGGUCUAUCAUCCUAACAGGAUAGAAAGGCCCAUUAGCAGGGAAACAGCUGACAGUCAUGAGAACAACAUGGAUGGCCCGAUCUCCCUCAUCAGACCAAAGAGUCGAACCCAGGAUAGAGAGGGCUCCCCCAGCAAUAGCUGCCUGGAUUCUACUGACUCAGAGAGCAGCCACGAAGACCGCCAGUCCUACCAAGGAAACUCUGCCUUAAAUCCCAAGAGAAAGCCAAGCCCGGCUUAUAUGAAGGAGGACACCAAGGUUUUGGAUGCCACAAAAGCUUCUAAGGGCUCUUUAAAGGAUAUCUACAAGGUCAUCAAUGGAGAAGGGGAGCAGAUUAGGGCUUUCAAGUGUGAGCACUGUCGCGUUCUUUUCCUGGACCAUGUCAUGUACACCAUCCACAUGGGCUGCCACGGCUACCGGGACCCACUAGAGUGCAACAUCUGUGGCUACCGAAGCCAGGACCGCUAUGAGUUCUCAUCGCACAUAGUCCGAGGAGAGCACACAUUCCACUAG